UUCGCAUAUACUCAUACACAAACACACGCACACGCGCGCACACAAACAGAUACACAUACACCUUAGUAGAAAUAUCCGAGAAUGAGCACGAAAAGAAGUGGGAACAUGUUUUUAAUGUAUAAGGUCAUACUUACGUAACGAGGCUAUUGUUCAGACUAACAAAAUGUUGAGCCCAAAUGACUACGUAAUUGCCGAUAGAUUAGUCUGUGUAAUAAGCUUUUUGACAACUUAACUGAUUCGCUUACUUAAGCAUGGCAUAUAAUAUUUGAGAAUUGACCCUGGUAAUUAACAUAACAACCAUUUGUUACUAUCAUCACCGCGCGUACGGGGCAUCUAGGAAAUAAGAGCUUGAGAUCGAAUAUAUGAUAAAUGCGUAAAACAAGAGUUGGCUUUAUAAUAUCAGCGUUCGUUAUUUAACUUUUUCUGGAGGAUGGCAUUUCACCGUAAAGUGAUCUUUCUUGUGCUAGUCUUUGUUUACACGGUGGAUGUGCUGACGUUCCAAAGGGAACCUGAAGACAUAUCUUCAGACGAUACCAAUCGGGAGCGUCCUUCAGUUGAGGACGCGGCGUUUCAAGACGGAGAACGUUUUGAGGAGGUGGAGCCCAGACAAUGGUGCCAAUGUGUACGUUCGUCCUGCGUGUGCUGCGUGGACCGCCUCGUUACCGCGGGUGGUCAAACCGUUCACAUGAGUGCUUCCGUAGCGAUCGAGCGUUGGUCUUCAAUAAGCUAUGAUGUCUCAUUUACUGUCAACGGAUUACGCCUGUAUAAAAAAGUACAAAAAGUUGAUGAUGCCAUUAGCGAAUGUUUUCCGGUCAGCGGUAACAAACAGGAAGAGAUCUGCUUUACGAUCGAGCGCAAUUGUGACUCCAAGGAAUGCGUUACACUCUCGGGGACCUACGUUGAACGCGGAAAAACCAAGAUAUUUGAGCAAGAUGUGGGUUGCUUUAUGUUACCAGUGUAAAGAUCGGAUAAAAAUAGUGUCAGUGUCCAGUGAUAAGUGCGGAGGUUUGCAAUGACAUGUCCUAACUUGUAAACUCUAGUUCAUUUAUGAUGCUAUUACAUAAUUUUAGUUUAGUUAAACAAUAUUUAUUCAGUGUACCAUAAAUAGGCAUUAGUGCAUACAUAUUCAACUGCAUGUUUUAAAAAAACACUCUAAGUUAUGUAUUCCUAUGUAAGUGAAUGUCUUUACGUGUUUAAAGGACAGCUUUAAGCAUUGAACACUCAAAUGUUGUUCUUCAUGUUUAUCAUAUACUAUGCUAUGUAAUAAAAAUAUUUCUCAA